AUGGUAGCCUCGCAUCACCUGCUCCGAUCCCUUCACUGCGGUGGCAUCAGCAGCACACAGCAGGACAUCACCUCAGCUCGCUCCAGAUCCCCGCGGGUGCCUUCCCCUGCCCCCUUGCCCCGGCACCCGCCCCCUGCCCCAGCCCCCCAGCUCAUGCCACCCUGUGGCGCUGUCCCCCUGGGGCUCUGCUCCACACUGCUGCUGCUCCACAAGGUGCCUUGCCCGUCUCCCCACCUUUCAGGAAGCCCCAGCACGUGCUUGGGGCAGGGGCUACUGCCACUGGAGAAGGCGCCUCUGGUUUGCAGCCUGCUGCUUCAGGCCCCCCCCGGCGAGUUCGCCCAGGUCAUCCAGGACCUCCGGGUGCUGGUGUGUGACGAGGAGCUGCUGAGGCGCGAGGCCGCCCGCAUGGGGGCCUGGCGCAGCCAGGGCCACUUUCCCCCAGUCCAAAUAAACGGGCAUAUCGUGCUGGUGACCCGCUACGACUAUUUAGGUGGAAACCGCUUCUUUGACCCGCAGGACAAGCUGUCUUUUGCAUUUGACCACCCGAGUGGGGUGGCCAGCAAGUACCAGCUCCACGACGUGCUGCUGGAUGAGGGGGAGCUGCAGAGAGGGGCCCUCCACCAGGGCCUGAAGGUGUACGUGAGCCGCCACUUCCCCACAGGCAACUGCUGCGUCUUCCGAAAAAAUGCGAGGAAGACGCAGAUCUUUGUGGCCUGCAUCGAGGCUCACCAGUACCAGCCUUCGGGAUGCUGGAAUGGCCUCUGGAAGUCUGACUGGACUCUUGUCCUGACUCCACUUACCACGCAGGUUACGGGGAUCUUCCUCCUCCAGAUGCACCACUUCAACAGUACCAACCUCCACGUAACAGUCAGUAAGUCUGUGAGCGAACCGCUCAACGUGACAGACCAAAGUCAGUUUGCCACAGAUUUUGUGAAAUUUGUGAAAGCUGAGGACACCAAGUUGCAUAUUGCCAUCCUGGAAGACAUGCAGGCCUUGUCGGAGGAUAUAUGGGGGAAAAAUCUGCGGAGGAAAUUCCCUAUCACUCGCACUUUUAUAAACUGGAAUAGACUGCUGAAUGAGCAGCGUCUGUAGACCAUUGUCUCCAUCACAGAAGUACUUCUAUGUCUAUUGAAAUGCACCAUUUGA